AUGUUCAUUACGGAUGAGACGGUGAGGAAACGACGCGCCAGUCGCCCUAAGGUGCGCACAGGCUGCGUAAAUUGCAAGAAAUUCCACAAAAAAUGUGAUGAGACCCGUCCACGAUGUGGAAUCUGCACUCUUUAUGACCGAGAAUGCGAGUACCGUGAGACGAUCGAUCGACGCACCCGAGCCGCACGCCUGGCUCGUCCCGUAGUGCCGUCAGGCGCAGUGACGUUGAUAUCGCGAGUCCCGAGACAUCAAGUGGAUCUGACACUCGAGGAACAGUAUUUCUUAGACUUCUUCCGUCGAAGUACUUCCUUUCAAUGUGCAGGCCAUUUUUAUGAUGAAUUCUGGCAACGGUUGGUUCACCAGGCCAGUGAAGACCAACCGGCUAUCCGCCAUGCCGUGAUUGGUAUGGGCUCCAUGAACUAUCAUUUCGUCCGCUCAAGGACUAGUCCCGGCCCCUAUGAUCAAGCGUUCUCCCUUCGUCAAAUCAACAAGGCGAUUCAAUCUUUACAACAAAAUCUAAUCAAGCCCGGGAUGGGUCGUUUGCGAGUCGAAACUGUCUUGGUUGCGUGUGUCGUGCUGGUCUCGACACUGCUUUUCCAGGAAGAUGCUCUGUCGGCGGGCAUACACCUUCGAUCGGGAUACAAACUUUUACAGCAAUAUUUAAUGGACCAUGGCAGCACAAGUGACGUCUCUGCCACACUCACGAGGGCUUUUGGUGGUGUCCAUAUGGUCUGGUCCUCCUUUAAUAGCAACGGGGCCCUCACAGGUGACCAGCAGCCAAUCCCCCUUCUUAUUGCUCCACCGGACCAAGCUGCUGAUGAGAUCCAACAAGCCAACGACCUCAUUGUCACGCUAGUACGAAUACUGGCCUAUCAAAACCACCAUCAUAGGUCUGGUAUUGAGUCGGGUGGUCCCCCGUCAGACAUGGAUGAUGGCCCGUCACUUGCCACGGACCCGGCUGAGUUUGUGGGCAAACUCUUAGGGCUUCAAAGUCAGCUCAAAACAUACCGCGAGCUUCAUCAAUAUCAUUUAUCACAGCGAGACUUGAAUGCGUUGAACAUUCUGGAGCUGUGGGCCGUGCUCCUUCCCAUACUAGGGGCUGUCGAAUCUGGACCAGGUCCAAGGGAGAUGCAAUACGACAAAUACCUGGAGAGCUUCAAGCACGUUCUUGAUUUAGCCGAAUCAGUCCUAAUGUCCGACAAUAUCGACACACCUUCAUUCUCAGUCAACCUAGGCAUCAUCCCACCUCUUUGCCUUGUUUCUUUCAAAUGUCGGGAUCCCGCAAUUCGAGAACGACUACUGUUUCUAUUCCGUCGUUCCCGUCGACAGGAAGGAAUUUGGUCGACGAGCAUGAUAGCUUUGGUGUUACAACGUGUUUACGAUAUUGAACAUGCCGGCGUUUGGCCUGGAGAAAUAAUCCCCGACGCAGCUCGUGUCAGAGCAAUCCACGUCGAAAUCAAGCCUGCCGAGUCUCUAAUACUUGUUCAAUAUCAUAUGGCUCGUGUGUGUCAUGACUACUGCAGGCACCUUGAGAAUUGGGAUAGUGAAUGGUUGAGAUAUAGAUUCACUUGA